GCACUAUUUAAUCACCCGCUCCAAAUUCUCUCCCUCUCUUUCUUCAGUCCUGCAGCUCUAUCUUUUUUAGCUCAGCACUCAUUUUAACACCCAUCUCUGCAGAAACAAUGGCAACAGUCGGUAAGGUCAUCAAGUGCAAGGCGGCAGUGGCCUGGGAACCCAACAAGCCUCUGGUGAUUGAGGAGAUCGAGGUUGCACCACCACAGGCUGGUGAGAUCCGCAUCAAGAUUGUGGCAACUGGAGUGUGCCACACGGACUUGUAUCAUCUGUUUGAGGGUAUGCAUAAGGAUGGCUUUCCUGCAGUCCUUGGCCAUGAGGGAGCUGGCAUUGUAGAGAGUGUUGGCGCUGGAGUCACCGAAUUCCAAAUAGGGGACAAAGUUAUUCCCCUGUUCAUCCCCCAGUGCAGAGAAUGUCGUUUUUGCAAGAACCCCAAGUCCAACCACUGCGAGAAAGGAUGGACUGAUGACCGUUAUGAUGUGAUGGCAUCAACGGAGUCCAGGUUUACCUGUAAGGGCAAGAAGGUGCUGCAGUUUAUGGGAACCAGCACUUUCUCUGAAUACACAGUGAUUAACCAGAUGACUGCGGCCAAGAUUGAUCCAGCUGCCCCUCUUGAUAAAGUCUGCCUCCUAGGAUGUGGGAUCUGCACAGGCUUUGGAGCAGCAGUUAAUACUGCAAAGGUCGAGCCGGGCUCCACAUGUGCUGUGUUUGGCCUGGGAGCUGUUGGUUUGGCUGCAGUCAUGGGCUGCCACUUUGCAGGAGCCAAUAAAAUUAUUGCUGUUGACAUCAAUCCAGAAAAGUUUGAGAAGGCCAAGGUAUUUGGAGCUACAGACUUUGUGAACCCAAAGGAUCACAAUAAGCCCAUCAGCCAAGUGCUGUCAGAGAUGACCAAUGGAGGAGUGGAUUUCUCUCUGGAAUGUGUUGGAAAUGUGGGAGUCAUGCGCAGUGCCUUGGAGUCUUGUGUGAAAGGCUGGGGUGUUAGCGUGGUUGUUGGCUGGACAGACUUGCACAACUUUGAAGCACGACCCAUUCAGCUGAUAGCUGGCCGCACAUGGAAGGGCUCCCUGUUUGGAGGAUUUAAGUCUAAGGAUGGUGUACCCCAGAUGGUUAAAGCCUACUUGGACAAGAAGGUGAAGCUGGAUGAAUUUAUCACUCACAACAUGACUUUGGCUCAGGUCAAUGAUGCGAUUGAACUGAUGAAGCAUGGCAAAUGCAUUCGGACAGUCCUCAGUGUUUCUCCACAAUAAGAAUAUUUUUUCUUUGUUAAUGAGGUUUAAAACUUUUUAAUUAAACUGCAACUAUGCUUACCCACAAUUCACCUGGCUUAGUAAUAUUCAUCUUUGAUCAACUUGGCAUAGAAUGUGGAAAGGAUUUUUUAGAAAUCACAUGAAUAUUUCCCCUUUUUUGUCAUUCAAACCUGUCUAUAGACCAGACAUUUUUAUUUUCUUCUCCUAGUCUUAAAUAAUCCUUUCUUUCAGUAUUCUUCACAAAACAUGUGAUGAUUGAGCCAGACAACAGCUUCAGCUUCUGUAUUCAACUGUCACCUAUUAUCAACAAUAAACUUGUUCUGUGUUUUCUUUUUAAUCAUUUUACAGCCUCGUAUUUUCAUGUACUUUGAAUCAGUAUUUCUGGAGAAAAUAAUUCCACUUGUACCUGAAGAAGGUUUACCUUUAAACAUGAAUAAAAGGCUUACAUGAGUAA